UGAGUUAAAGCACAAGCAGGGAAAAAAAGCAAGAAACAUAAAAGAGAGAAAGGAAACCAAAGGUUCUCAAAACCUCCAUUGAUUCAGAAAUUUUCAGAAGGAACAGAGCUUUUGGGUUUCUUCUCUCUUCCCCUCUACUUAAACCAAAGUCUGCAAGACAUCUUAAAUUUCAUCUUCAAACACUUCUUUCAGGGUUUUCGAUUAAAAGAGUAAGAAAAAACGAAGAACAAAGAGACAAAGAGAGAGCUUUUAAGUGAUAACUCCUCCUCCACCGUCGUUAUUGUCGUCAUUAGUUGUUUCAUUGGGGAGUGAAACGCCAUGAACCGAGGAGUGUUGCAGAGCUCACCAGUGCAGCAGAUGAUGACGAACGGAAACUCUAACUGGUGGAACAUCAACACCAUGCGCCCACCGCUGCCGCCGCAGCCGCUUCGUCUACAACAACCACCCUUUCCGACUACUUUCUUCCCUCAAUUCAGACCCACUUCUUCUUCACUUCAUAUCCCUUCUUGGCAUGAUAACCACGAGCUUCCUCAGUCAUGGAGCCAACUACUCUUAGGUGAAUUAAUGGGUGAAGAACAAUUACAAGCGAUGCACUAUGUGAAGCAAGAAAACCCAGCAAGUGCAAGCAGCUAUGUGUUCGGACAUGCAAAUGAAGAUUUUCAUCAUCAUCAUCAUCAGCAGCAGCAGCAGCAGAAUAAGGCAAAUGAACCAGCUGCUUGGUCUCAUCCAAUAAUGGCUGCUGCUUCAUCAUCAUCAUCCCCCAAGUCAUGUGUAACGAGUUUCAGCAGUAAUAAUAUGUUGGAAUUUUCCGGCAAUCAAGCUGAUGCAAGGCAAACACUCCCAGAGCGAUCUUCUGAGUGCAAUAGCAGUGCAGCCGGUGGGGCGAUGAAGAAAGCUAGGGUUCAACCUUCUGCAAGUCAAUCUACCUUCAAGGCGAGGAAGGAGAAAUUAGGGGACAGAAUCACAGCGCUUCACCAGCUCGUUUCUCCAUUUGGGAAGACUAACACAGCCUCUGUCUUGUUAGAAGCUGUUGGGUACAUCAGAUUCCUUCAUAGUCAAAUUGAGGCUCUCAGCUUGCCGUACAUGGGCAAUGGGCAAGGAAACAUAAGGCAACAACAGCCUGUGUUGAAUGAAAACUCCAUGAAGUGGAAAGGUGGUCCUUAUCAGCACGAAUGUCAUGAAGAACCAAAGGACCUGAGGAGUAGAGGUCUAUGUUUGGUUCCUGUGUCAUGCACACUUCAUGUCGACAGCGACAAUGGCGCCGAUUAUUGGGCUCCGGUGUUCGGCGGUGGGUUUCGGUCGAAGACUUUUGGAACUGUCCAGAAAGGCUAAACAAAUUCAAGAAAUGUAGGGAGCAAAGAGACGAGAGAUUUUCAUGGGAGAAAAAGAUAUAGCAUCAUGAGCAGUCACUCUGCAGAAAACAAAUAUGAAAGGCUGAUUGCUUUUGAUGCUAUACCAAUGUUUCUUUCUUUUGAACUAUUUUGUAGAUAUUUUGUGUGUUAAAUUAAGUGACUAGAUGAUUUAAGCUCGAAA